AUGAGAUUCACCAGAGAUAUAUGCUGGUUCUUGGGACUCGGGAGCGGCCCCCCGGCCCAGGAAGAGCACAUGGACUGUGGGCCCGCUGCCUCUGACCUGAGCGAGGAUGUAGAUUUGUCGCAGGAUGGAGUCAACGGAGAAGAGGACCUUAGUGAGGGGGAGAAGUGCAGGCGGAGAGCAGAGCGGCGCAGAGCAAAAAGAAAACGUCGUAGAAAGAAAAAGAGGCAAGGGCUAAUUCAGCAAAAAGAUCAGGAUGAUGAUGAUGAGGAGGAAGAGGCCGGAGCAGAGUCUGAGCUCGAAGACAGUGAAUCUGACACGGAAGACGGGAAUGAUUUGCAGAAGGAAGUCAAACCUGUAGAUUUGACCAAACCAACAACCACUACAGUAACAUCUUCUCCAGGAAUAAAAGCUCAGCAGAAAAACCAAAGCCAAUCCAAACCUGCUGAAGAGGAACCUGAAUGGGACGUAAGCAGUGCCUUCUUUGCCAACGCUGCUAGUCAUAUUCGGCCCAAAGUUGCAAGUCGCAAAUCAAGAGACAACAAGGAAAACGAAGCCAAGAAAGAGACAAAUGGACACACAGAUAUGAUGAGCAAGAAAAGUGCCUCGUUAACAGAAAAAGGGAUUAAACUGGUCCAAGAGGGGCAGUAUGCACAAGCGGUCUCAAUGUUUACAGAAGCUAUUAAAUGCGAUCCAAAGGAUUACAGGUUCUUUGGGAAUCGCUCUUAUUGCUACAGCUGCUUGGAUCAGUUUCCACAGGCUCUGGCUGAUGCUGAGCGCUCCAUUCAGCUGGCACCUGAUUGGCCAAAGGGGUAUUUUCGCAAAGGUAUAGCACUAAUGGGCAUGAAGAGGUACAGUGAAGCUGAAAAGGCGAUGGAGAAGGUUCUGAGACUGGACACAGACUGUGAGGAAGCGGUCACAGAUCUAUUCAAUUGUAAAGUGCUGCAGUUAAUGGAGCACGGUUUUGAUGAAAUGCAAAGUGUCUUUCUACUGGAGAAAUUCACAAGUGUGCAAGCUGUUUUGUCAUCAGAUGCUGUAAAAGGCACCGCACAAGAUCUAUUGGCAUCGCAAACAGGCCCUUGUCCUUCUCUCUGGGUUGGAAACGUGACAACUGAACUAACGGAAAAACACAUUUUGGAUCUCUUUAAAACAUGUGGUGAAAUUGAAAGCAUUCGAGUUCUACAUGAAAGAUUCUGUGCUUUUGUAAAUUUCAAAGACACCAACAUGGCCGCUCGAGCCAUGGAGAAACUGAAUGGUCAUUGUAUAGAGAACACUCGAUUAGUUGUGCGCUAUCCUGACCGCCGCCCGAGAGCCAUUCCUAUGCCACUUAAGACCUGUCUGUCUCUCACACAACAAGCUGGGAUGUCUGCAGGAGCGAGACGUCGGGGCCCUGUGAACGAAGACGAGUGUUACUUCUGGAGAACAACCGGCUGCCAUUUUGGGGAUAAAUGUCGUUAUAAACACAUUCCAGAUCAGAAGGGCAAGGACAGGAAGCCAUGGCAACCUUGA